AUGGUCAAGUUUAAGCUGAAAGGAGAACAUUACAUUGUUUAUCCCGAAUUUGCCGUUAUAGUUAGAGAUGCCAUGCAAGAGAAAGGUGAAGGUGAGGUCAAAAUCCCAGUUCAUAAAAUCGGCGAAUUAGUAAGCACUCUAAUUCGUGAAAAACAGUGUAGUAUUGAAGAAUAUGCUGAGAUUAAUGGCCGGGAUAUCUGCAUUCGCCAGGCCUCACCCGGUAACUGGUCUGAAUUUGCAGAGUAUUUGGUUGGUGAUUCUGACUUAUCGCGUGUAGGAGGGAUUAUAGUGCAAUGGGAUAGUGCAGGAGCGACUAUUUCGUUAUCAUCAGUUUGUACUUUUGAAAAAACCGUUAUCUAUUUUGAAUUCCGAGAUACAGAGAUUUUCUCUAAUCUGGUUCAUGUUCUCUACGAACAGAACAUUAAAGAGGUUGUUUAUAAAGAUAAGGCUUUAGAAAAGCUCUUAGUAGCUAUGGGCAUAGCCCAUCACUGCUUAUCUAAACACCCCAAAGGAGAAACCUUAGCUGAGAAAGCUACCGGUCUAAUUGAAGACUUCUUUAACCUCAGAACAAAUACCUAUACCCAAUCAACCGGUCAAAUGUCCAACUCAUUGCGCAUGGACGGCUGGGCAGCUAAAUCCCUUCUUGAAGGCGAAGUCAAUCUCUGGGAUGAGAUAAGGUGCACAACCGUACAAGGCAGAAGACUCUUACGCGUGUUCAUUCGACUACCUCUAAUUUGCCGUGACGAAAUUGAAAGAAGACACUCCAUUGUCGAAGAGAUGCUUGAUUAUGCCGAAAGUAUCAAGAAACAACUAGCUCGUACUCCUGAUAUUUUAGUGAUCUGUAAAAAGCUGGCUAAAACCACUAUCUCCAUCCAGGAUGUUUUGAAAAUCACUACUACCCUUACUAAAGCCACUCAGAUCUUAGAUACAGUUUCAUUUAUCAAAAGUCUUGAACCCGAGAUAAAUACACUUAAAGGAUCUUGCUCGGCCUGUGAAGAAGUCUUAGCCAUGAUCGAUCGUGCCAUUGACCCAACCACCCAAGAAAUCCGAGCCAACCAAUCGAUCAAACUCGCCGAUCUCUACACGGCCAAGCAAGAGGUCGAAAAAGAAAUCCUCCUGACCUACAACCAGGCAGUUCAAGCCAAGAACCUUCAAAAAGCCAAAGUCAAACUAGAAACUAAUUCCAUCUACGGCUACCAUAUGAAAAUCCCCAGAACUGAAGGGGCAAUCCUUACCGGCACCGACUUUAUUCAACUCUCCGCCCAGAAGGCCGGUAUCUUCUUCACAACCAUCCGACUCAAACAACUAGAUGCCAAGCUUAAAACCAUUACAGCCGACAUUCAAACUGAAGCCGAUAAAAUCCUCCAAGACCUUCGUAGUAGUAUCAAUGCAUACCGUAGUUGGCUUGAAGUCAUCAACCAUAUGUUUGCCCUUAUUGAUGUUUUCGCCAGUCUAGCCGAGUUUGCCAAAACCAAUGGGUUCAUUCGUCCUACGUUCACCACUUCCGAAUACAAUGUCCAAGGUGUCUACCACCCUCUUCUCCCGGCCAUUCACCGCCGCCAAAGUUCCCAAGGCCGGCAUCCACCCGAACUUACCAAAAACGAUCUCCAACUAACCGCCACUAAAUUCUGUGUCUUAACCGGUCCUAAUAUGGGCGGCAAAACCACCUUCUUAAAAACCAUCGCCAUGAUAACUCUACUGGCCCAAAUGGGUUCUUUUAUUCCCGCUGAUUCAGCCCAUAUUCCCAUCUUUAAUUCACUCUUUAUUAGAAUUGGUGCCGCUGACUCCCCAGAGAAGAACAUCAGUACUUUCAUGGCCGAAAUGAACGAUGUCUCCAAAAUCCUCAAUGAAGCCGACCAGCACUCUCUAGUCAUUAUUGAUGAACUCGGUCGUGGCACCAGUGAUGCCGAUGGAUACGCUAUCGCCCAAGCCGCCACCGAACAUAUUCUCUCACUUGGAGCCACCACUCUCUUCGCUACCCAUUUCUACGACAUCUGCCAUAUCCCCGGUGUCUGCAACAAACAAGUCAGUUGUAUCCUAACCGAUACUACAGCUAUUAUGACCUAUAAAGUUGAAGAUGGAAUCGGCCAAGGCUCAUACGGAUUAAAUGUCGCCAAAUAUGUCGGAUUUCCUAAAAAGGUAAUUGAGAUAGCCGAAAACAUUUUGAAUCAACAAAACGACUAG